AUGGCGCCCAGCCGAAAUGGCAUGAUCCUAAAGCCCCACUUCCACAAGGACUGGCAGCGGCGCGUUGCCACGUGGUUUAACCAGCCGGCGCGGAAAAUCCGCAGGCGCAAGGCCCGGCAAGCCAAGGCGCGCCGCAUCGCCCCUCGCCCCGCGUCCGGACCCAUCAGACCCAUAGUGAGAUGCCCCACCGUGAGGUACCACACCAAAGUGCGAGCCGGCAGGGGCUUCAGCUUGGAAGAGUUACGGGUGGCUGGCAUCCACAAAAAGGUGGCCCGGACCAUUGGGAUCUCGGUGGAUCCGAGGCGGCGGAAUAAGUCCACCGAGUCCCUGCAGGCCAACGUGCAGCGGCUGAAGGAGUACCGCUCCAAGCUCAUCCUCUUCCCCAGGAAGCCUUCGGCCCCCAAGAAGGGAGACAGUUCUGCUGAGGAACUCAAAUUGGCAACACAGCUGACCGGACCAGUCAUGCCCAUACGGAAUGUCUACAAGAAGGAGAAGGCCAGGGCCAUCACAGAGGAGGAGAAGAACUUCAAGGCUUUUGCCAGUCUCCGAAUGGCUCGUGCCAACGCCCGGCUCUUUGGCAUCCGGGCAAAAAGAGCCAAAGAAGCUGCAGAACAGGAUGUUGAAAAGAAAAAAUAA